GUUUCACUCAUUUUUUUUGGAUUGCUUCCGUUGUCAAUAAAGCCAUGUCACUCAACGACCACGACGCUGCGCAUGCAAGCAAGACCAACAACAACGCUGCUGCUACUAUGACAAGUGGUGGCGCAGGUGCUGCUGCGGCAAAACAACCCGCGCUGUUCGCAUUCGAGGGAAAGCUCCCGCCGCUGCCGGUUCCCAAUCUGGACACUGUGCUCGACACGUACUUGGCUUCCGUGCAGCCGCUGCUGUCCCUGCCAGAGCAGAGCGCCACGCGUGCUGCCGUCGACGCAUUCAAGCAGCCGGGCGGGACGGGCGAGCUGCUCCACAAGAAGCUCGUCCAGCGCGGGCAGGAGCGUGGCAAUUGGCUCGAGGAUUGGUGGCUCCAGCUCGCCUACCUGGCCUACCGCGAGACGUCCGUGAUCAACUCAAACACGGCCAUGACCCUUGAGCGCGAUCCGAGCAACCCGCCUCCGCUGCGUCAGGCGGCGCGGUACAUUGUCAAAAUGCUCGAAUUCAGAGAACUGGUCGUUUCUGAGCGGCUGCAGCCCGAAUUUCUGGGCAAGGCGCCGCUGUGCAUGAACCAGCUCCGUCUCAUCUUUGCAACCAACCGCAAGCCAGGCAAAAAGAUUGACGAGCAGGUCACCUAUGCCAAUUCCCGCCACGUCGUGGUGAUUUGCCGCAACCAAUUCUUCUCCUUCCCAGUGCUGCACGCGUCGGGUUCCGGAGGCAAAUCGCUGCAAAUCCUCUCACAAGACGAGAUUGAGCUACAACUCGCCCGCAUCAAAGCGCGUGCCGCACGCGGCAAGUCUCCUGCCAUCGGCUUGCUGACUGCGGACAACCGAACGCGUUGGGCCGAGAAUCGCGAACAGCUGUCUCAACAUGCCGGAAGCCGCCGCACCCUCGAGGUGAUCGAGUCGGCCCUGUUCACCGUCUCAUUGGAUGAUGAGCUUGCGCUCGAGGACGGCGCCAAUACCGCGCUGACGCUCCAUGGCUUUGGCAGCACGCGCGAGACUGGCAACCGCUGGUUUGACAAGUCUGUGCAACUGUUGGUUUCAGCAGACGGCCAGGCUGGCAUCAACAUGGAGCACUCUGUUGCCGAUGGCGUUGCAGUGGCGCGACUGGUCUUCCACAUGCAUGGCACGCGCCGCCUGUUCAACGACGAGCUGUCUGCAGCCCAGCGCCACGAGCGGUUGUCCAAGCUCGCCGAACCCGAGCUCCUGUCUUGGGGCCCGUUGCCCAAGGCAGUCCAAGAUGGCCUUGCCCGCGUGGCUGUUGAAAUUGACGCCCUGAUUGCGCGCACGAAUCUCUCCAUCAACGAUUACCCAGCUUAUGGCAAAGAGCUGGUGAAGGCCUUCCGUGUGUCGCCUGACGCCUGGUUCCAGAUGGCGCUGCAGCUGGGGUACUACCGUCUCCACGGCAAUCUCACCGCCGUGUACGAGACCGCGUCCACACGUCAAUUCCACCACGGUCGCACGGAAACCAUCCGCAGCCUCAGCCAAGCCUCUGCCGCGUUUGUUCGUGCAAUGACGCCUGUGAAUGAUCCUCGGGGUCUUGAUUCGGUCGUCUGCGCAAAGCUGUUAAAGGAGGCCAUUGCCUCGCACGUCAAGACCACCAAGAACGCCAUGGAAGGCCGUGGUGUCGAUCGUCCUCUGCUUGGCAUGCGCAUGCUGGCGAUCGAGGGUGGUUUGGAAGUGCCUGCGCUGUUCAAAGACCCGGCGUACAGCCGCAGCACCACCUUCCGUCUCUCCACCAGCCAAGUGCCGACAACGUUCCGCGUGGCACCCGCCUUUGGCCCCGUUGUUCCAGACGGCUACGGCGUUUGCUACAAUGUGCGCGACGACAGCAUUGUGUUUUCCGUGACGAAUUUCAACGACAGCCACACCGAUGGCCUGCGUCUUGCACGCGCCGUCUUCCAAGCCCUAACAGACAUGCGCGCAGUUGUCGAGGCUGCAACUCGAACGGCCAAGUUGUAAAAAGAGGGAAGAAUGUGUGUGUCAAACGCAAGGAUUUUUGAUUUGAUUGUAUCACUUGAACUGGGAAGUGUAAAAUGUAUGUGCCAUUGUCGUGUAUGUAUUCCAAUCGAUGCUUUGGGUGCAUGCGCGUGCGGGGUUGGUUGUCUACAUUGCCGAGAAGGUCUUCUUGCC